AGAAAAGAAUAAUUUAUAAAAUAUUACCAAAAUGAAAAAGUAGAUAUUAUGUAGGGGGUAAUUUAUAAAUUAUGCUUAGGUAGAAUUCCUCAAAUGCCCUUAAGGUGACGUAAAUUUACAAGUUAACUUUCUAGCUUCAUCGCGUAGUUUUAUCCAGAACUCAGAACAAUCAAAAGCCUUCAUAUAAGUUCGUUUCAAGUUUAGCUUUUCACUGCUUCUCCUCCUCUGCCAUUUAAAUUUUAAAGAAAUUUAUUAACAUUAUUAUAAAUUAAUUACAGAAAAAAAGUCAAAAUCCGAAGCUAAAAGAAACAAAAGAAGUUAAGAAAAACUUUCGAGACAAUCUUAGAAUCGUCUUGAUUUCAAGCUGCAAGAUUGGACCUUCCUGGAAUUUUCUUAUACAUGCCUCAUGGUAAAGAAUAAACAUCGUUGAGAAGAAAGAAAGAUUUUGAUCUCCUAGUGAUUUGUUGGAUUCAUCUUUUUUCUAUAUAAAAAGAAAGAACUGGAAAAGGAUUUUUGUUAUCUUUCCUUGAAUUUUGCUGAUCUGGUGAAGGUUUAGUGUUGACAAAUGAACGUGGUUGGCAAAGUUGGGAGUCUAAUUUCACAAGGUGUGUAUUCUGUUGCUACUCCUCUCCAUCCUUUUGGCGGGGCUGUUGAUGUGAUUGUUGUUCAGCAACAAGAUGGGACAUUUCGAAGCACACCUUGGUAUGUUCAGUUUGGAAAGUUUCAGGGUGUUCUAAAAGGGGCUGAGAAGUUUGUUCAUAUAAUCGUUAAUGACAUUGAAGCGGAUUUUCAUAUGUAUCUUGAUAACUCUGGGGAAGCAUAUUUCACAAGGGAGGUUAAUUUUUGUAAAGGAAAUGAGACAAAUGGAGAUUUGAAAGAUUCUGAUGGUGAAGUUAUACGGGGUGAAGGUAACAAAAAUAUUGGUGAAUUUUAUAGACUUGAACAUAGUGUCUCAGAUUCCGUGGUUGCUCAGUUGAGGGACAAACAUGAUUUCACAAAUCUAAAACGGCUUGAAAGGGCAGAAUCAGAUACUAGGUACUAUGAAUUUCAGGAUGAGCAAUCCUCAAUAGACAGUUCAGUUAAUUUUUCAGAAUUUGGGUCUGGCAGAUUUGACGGUUUAAAUGGCGAGUGUUUUAAUGAAGCACAGGGUUCGGAUUCAGAAGUUGUCUUGGUUAGUGUGGAUGGCCACAUACUUACAGCCCCCGUCUCAGCAUCAGAACAGGGCGCUGAAAAUGUGCAACUAAGCACACCUCAGUUCCAUCUAGGACCAGGUGAAGGACCUGAUUUUUGUGAGGACAAUGAGGAGCUCAGUUCAGGUGAUGACAUAUGGGCUGCUGACUAUAUUAGUAAGCUCAAUUCGGCUGCAGGUAAGGAUUCCUCUGAUAAUAUUUGCAGCUUGAACGGUAAAUCUACUGCUUUGAGCCAUCCAGAAGUUUGUGAAAAUGGGGUGGAACAUGCAUGUCAGACUGAAGAAACAAACCUUUCUAACCAUGAAGGUGAAAUGAACAGGCAAAGUGACAUUGAAGAUGCAGCUGUGCUUGAGAAAAAGGAUGAUAUUUUUAAGAGCUGCCUUGAACUAUCUGAAUUGGGUGGACAUGGUAUUGAUUCUAAGGAAAUUGUUAGCCCGUCAGAAGCUCAGAUCUCACAAGAUAAACCUCCUUGCAAUCCUCUAGGUGACGAUGAAACUGAAGAGGAAGCUGUUGGUGACUCCAAAGAUGUGCCGUCUUCCACUUUUAGUCCCAAUUCUUCCAACAAUAAUGGAUCUCCUGAGUUACAAUUUGAGGGUGAACUAGUUGAAAUCGAAGUUUUGGAUACAGAUUUUAUGGGUUCUAACAUUGCAUCUGUUGAAUCUGUUAGUAAUGACCAUGAACAAAAAGAUGAGCAAUUUGGUGCAUCAGCAGCAAUUGAAGGGAUAAAUAGUAGCCAGCAAAGUCCUGCACCAGAGGAUAUGACUGGCAAAAGUGAGAUGAUGGAAACUGAAACAACUUCUGGUAAAGAGAGAGAAACUCAGGCAAGGUUGGGGUUUGAGAUCUCACUCUGUGGAAAUGAACUUCAUGCGGGUAUGGGGUUAGAUGCUGCAGCAGAAGCUUUUGAAAUGCACCGCAUAUCACAUGAGGAAUAUAAAAGUAACGCAAUGUCAAUUAUUGAGAAUGAAAAUCUGAUCAUCCGAUUUGGAGGGAAGUACUUUCCAUGGGAAAAAGCUGCUCCUAUUGUUCUUGGAAUGGCUGCAUUUGGUUUAGAGUUAGAUGUUGAGGCUGGAUAUGCAGUCCCUGUUGAACUGAAUGAGUCAUCAAACACAAAGAAUAAUGAUUCUAUAGUCGCUUCCACAUCCUCUGGCAAUAGAUGGAGGCUCUGGCCCAUUCCCUUUAGAAAGGUCAAAACACUUGAGCACACCCAGAGCAAUUUGUCUAGUGAGGAGGAAUUUGUGGAUACUGAAUCUACUCUACCAAAUUCACAAGCAGAUUCAACUCCAGCAUCCAGUGGAAAGAUUGAAUCUCCCCGCAAGCAAUUUAUUAGGACAAAUGUUCCCACUAGUGAGCAGAUAGCUUCCUUGAAUCUGAAAGAUGGUCAGAAUAAGAUUACUUUCAGCUUCUCCACCAGGGUCCUUGGAACGCAACAGGUUGAUGCUCAUAUUUACUUGUGGAAGUGGAAUGCAAAGAUUGUAAUCUCAGAUGUAGAUGGAACUAUUACCAAGUCUGAUGUUUUAGGCCAGUUUAUGCCUUUAGUUGGAAGGGAUUGGACACAAUCUGGUGUAGCUAAACUUUUCUCUGCUAUUAAGGAGAACGGAUAUCAGCUGCUAUUUCUGAGUGCACGAGCAAUUGUUCAGGCAUAUCUAACGAGAAGUUUCUUAAACAACCUGAAACAGGAUGGAAAAGCUUUACCUAAUGGACCUGUUGUUAUAUCCCCCAAUGGGUUGUUCCCCUCAUUGUAUCGCGAAGUGAUAAGAAGAGCACCUCAUGAAUUCAAAAUAGCUUGUUUAGAGGAUAUCAAGAAACUUUUCCCCUCUGACUACAAUCCAUUCUAUGCGGGCUUUGGAAACAGAGACACGGAUGAGCUGAGCUAUAGAAAAAUUGGGAUCCCAAAGGGCAAGAUUUUUAUUAUCAACCCAAAGGGCGAGGUGGCUAUUAGUCAUUGUAUUGAAGUGAAGUCAUAUACGUCAUUGCAUACUCUCGUUAACGACAUGUUUCCGCCAACUUCAUUGGUUGAGCAGGAAGAUUUUAACUCAUGGAAUUUCUGGAAAGUACCAUUGCCAGAUAUUGAGUGAGAUUGCCGGUAGCUUAAAGAACACUGUCACCGUUCAGUUGAGGUGAAUCGACUUGAAGAUCAAUAGCUAACGUGCUUCACAGAGGAGAUUACUUGAGAUUCUUCAAGCUUUUAACUUUGCCUUCCAGUCUUUUAGUUUGACACUCAUUGGUGACCUGCAAAUGACAUGUACGGAUUCAUAGAUAGUUGCAAGUGAAUGAAAUCAAAGUCAUUGCCACCCCCAUAGCUAUUUUUUUCCUAUAGGGAUUUCAUGAAAUCAAUUUUUAUGUUUGAUUAUAAACUGUAAUAAUUCAACACUUUUUAUACUAUACCUUGUUUGAAUAUAUUGAUUUUUAAUAUAAUACCAUUUUAUUGUUGUCAA